UGUAAAGGGGCAGGUCCUCCUCAGUGUAUUUGCUGAUGUUCCAGCGACUAAAAGCGACGAUUAGCUCAAUAAAAUAAAUUAAAAUCAAACAUUUCGGAUCAGAAAUAUCGACAAAUCCGGCGGCAUCAUGAGCAAAGUGCAGGGAGGGAUGAAGUGCGUGAAAUAUCUGCUGUUCGUCUUCAACUUCAUCUUCUGGCUGUCGGGCUUGUUGGUGCUGGCGGUGGGAUUAUGGCUGAGGUUUGACCCAAGCACAGUGGACCUCCUGACAGGCGAUGGAGCCCCCGACACCUUCUUCAUAGCUGUGUACAUCCUUCUGGGUGCCGGAGGGUUGAUGAUGGUCGUAGGGUUCUUCGGGUGUUUCGGGGCUGUGAGGGAGUCUCAGUGUCUUCUUGCGUCGUUCUUUGCAUGCCUCCUGAUCAUCUUUGGAGCUGAGAUCACCGCCGGCGUGUUUGGAUUCAUGAACAGGGAACAGAUUACUGAAGAAGUCCAAAAGUUUUAUAACAACUCCGCUGACGACGACAGUCUAAAUGGCACCGUAAUAGCAACGCUUUACCACAAAACUCUGAACUGUUGUGGAGUUCCCACUUCAGAUGCAUUUCAAAAGAUGUGCGCAGAUGUUCCAGAAGACACCCCGGACUGCUACUCUGCAAUACAGGACUUCUUUGAGGAAAAGCUGCACAUCAUUGGGUACAUAGGGAUCGGUAUUGCUGGAGUCAUGAUCCUUGGGAUGAUCUUCAGUAUGGUCCUGUGUUGCGCUAUAAGGAACACCAGGGAGGUUAUAUAGAGAGUGCAGUCCCCCACCCCCCAACCCCGCCACGCCACCCUGCAACAACCAAACCCCUACACACUCACAGCCCUCCAGAAUCAAUAUCUAACUUUACAAGAAGGGCAAAGCCAAAGUUACAUUUCAAUGGCAUUCCUCGUCGACGAGACUGAUUAGGCGGGGACCACCACGUUCAACACGGUACUCUGGAUCGGUAUCUUCAUACCGCCGUCUCGACUCCACCAGCACUGAAACACUGAUUUACCCCUCCGUCUUUUUCAUGAAUAAAGCUCUGCUUCUAGCACAACUCUGUGACAUUCCUAGCUCUUAAUACGCUACAGCUGCUGUGCAGAGGAUGAAAUGCUACACUGUCAAAUCCCCUCGGAGCGAGGCGUGAAGAAGCACUGCUGUAAAUACGGACACUUAGUUCAAGCCGUAGCCGUUGACGCAUUCUUUUGCUCUUUUUGGUCUAAUUCUUGUCAUUUUUUUGUGUGCGUUGAAGUGUUUUGAAGACUAGCCUACCUUUGCAGAGUGGAUUUCUAUGAUGUGCCUACUUGACCUUUUUUUAGUCAACUACUGAAUAUUUUGACCAUUUCUUGUCAUUUGAACACGUGCAUAACGAGCGUGCUGCUUCUUGCUCCACUGAAACGUUUUUAUUGUAAAGCACAAUAAUGUGUAGACGUGAACGCUAACCUGACGGGUAGGACGGUCUGAUGACGAACGUCCCCUUUUGUAAAUUUCCAAAUUUGUCAGAGGUCGGCAGUGCGCUGCACCGAGUUCAUCUCGAGCAUGUUUUAACAGUGAGUUAGUCUGCAUUUUCUGUGAAUUACUGUGGAUGUACAUUUUCUUGGUGUGCCAAUACGAUGCAAAAUAUAGGAUAAUAUAGUUUGUGUCAUACUGUUAACAAUAAAUAAAUACUGGGUGCUUUUAUCA